UAUUAUUUUACUACAUGUAAACCUACAUGUAGGCCUGGGUCCAACAGGAGUAAGGUUUUCUGUGCUGGAAUUGGUGGAAUGUGGACAUCUUUUUCUAAUGACAUGAACUUCAGUGACGAAUUUUAUUUUAUUUACCCUGAGAAGAUGUGUAUAGUGAAGUGAAAGUGUAGAAGUAGCCCCCAUCAGCAGACACCAUGAUGAACAGCGAGUUUAUCCUCGAACUCAUUAGUGUCUUUCAUACUGGCCCUGUUGAGCCAGGCUCCUGUCUACAGAAACUGGUAGGAAAUGUGCCAACAGGCGUCAUUCUGAAGGAUGUCUCUCUUGAGAUCCACGGAGGAGAACUGAUGGCCAUCCUGGGCUCCAAGGGAAGUGGUAAGCGUGCCCUGCUGGAGGUGAUCUCUCGCCGUGCCCAGGGCCCCACCCGUGGUCAGAUACUGUUGAACCAUGUGCCCAUGUCGCUGAGGUUGUUUCAAGACUCUUGUGGCUAUGUCACUUAUAAAACGCAGCUGCUGGAGGGACUCACAGCCAAACACACCCUUGAGUAUGCUGCUAAACUCUCGCUUAGUUCCAAGAUUGGGAGUUCAGUGCGAUGUGGUAGAGUACGGCAGGUGCUGGCAGAUCUGGCCCUAACACAGGUGGCCAAUCGCCCAGUGGAGCAACUCACACCCUCUGAGUACCGCAGACUUGUCAUCGGCGUCCAGCUUAUCAAGGAUCCCUUGGUGGUGCUGCUAGAUGAGCCAGCCUGGGGACUUGACCCCCUUAACACCUACUUUGUCAUCUCCAUACUCAGCAACCAUGCCAAGAAAUAUAACCGCAUUAUCAUUAUUACUAUGGAGAAGCCCAGGUCUGAUAUUCUGCCUUUCCUGGACCGUGUGACAUACUUGUGUCUGGGUGAUGUUGUAUACACAGGUUCUACCAGGCACAUGAUUGAUUACUUUAGAAGUAUUGGCUUUCCCUGCCCAGAGCUUGAAAAUCCACUAAUGUAUUAUUUAUGUUUGUCAACGGUGGACCGGCGUUCCAGGGAGCGGUUCAUAGAUUCCAACAACCAGAUUGCUGCUCUAGUGGAGAAGUUCAAGGUAGAGGGUGGGCCUUACCGUAAAUACUCGGGGCCACCUCCAGAUGUUGACCUUUCAGAACACAAGGUGCCUCUCUCUGCAUAUGGCAGACCAGGAAUCCUCUCCACCAUGCUGGCUCUCUUGGGACGAGGCUACACCAUGAUGUUUCCCUGUAGCUACGUGGGCAUCGAGCACCUCUUCUUCAGGAUUUUUCUGCUGCCAGCCUUCUUCUUCCUCCUCUGGAACUUUUACUGGCAACUUGAGCUGUUCCAGCGGUCAUUCCAGAGUCGUGGAGGUUUGCUGUUUAAUUGUCUAGCUGGGACAGCCUUCCUUGCCACAGCUGCCACCUCAAAAACAUUUGCACAGCAUCGGACACGGUACUACCACGAGGCACGGGAGGGACUGUACCGUGGACCACUCUUCAUUAUGACAUACAACAUCUUUACUCUUCCUCUCUCCUACAUCAGUGUUAUGCUUGCAUCUGCUGUUGUUUAUUUUGGUCUCUCAGUGGGUGAUGCUGAGGCAGUGGGCACUGACUGGCUGGGUUGGGCAGUGUUUGGCUCAGUGCUGUGGGCAGUAUGGGCAUUCAUAGAGCAACAAACUAUUGCUCUGAUGAUGAUCAUCAAGUCAUCCUACACAGCUGGUGCCAUCUCGAUUGCUCUCACCACCUUCUACCUCCUUGUUGCCUCUGCUUCUCUAAGGUCGUUGGUGCAUCUACCGGACUGGUUGUACUAUGUGGGACAUGUCACAGUGUUGAGGUAUGCCUCUUCAGUGUUGCAUGAACAUGUCUUCCUUGAUAAACUGCCCAACCUUCCUGUUAACAUUAGUGCUGACUGUCCUGACAACAAUGCAGAAUAUGGCUGCCGAUACAGGAAUGGUACUUACUACCUCCUCGAACGCUACCACUUCCCUGAGAAUGGCCUUGAUCUUGGUCGGCAAGAUCUUGAUCUCUGGACAAAUUUUGCUCUUUCUUUUGCCUUUUUUGGUGGGAUGUUUUUGCUCAACCUGGUUUUAUACUUAGUGCCAUUACCCUCUUUUAUAAAAUCAAAGUUCAGAGACUAAUAACAUGUGCAAAAUUUGUAUGAACAAAUACAUAUUUUUUUCCUUUGCAAAAGUUAGAUUUAAAUGUAUACUUUAUAAUAUUGUAAUGUAUUACAGCAUUGUGUACUACCUACAUGUCAGUCAUGACCAGGAAUGAUAAUUAUGGUAGUGUGUAGUUGUUUGUACUCUUGUACUUAGAUAAUUGUGUGGGAUAAUGGGCGUAUGGCCUGGUCUAUGGUCAGGCUCUGGAAGCAGAAAAAUUCUUGGAACUCAUCAAAGGUAUAUCAAAUAUUGCUUAGUAAGGGAAACAUAAGGGAAAAUAUUUUUCAGAUAUUGGAGCUUGGAUAAAAGUUAAAUCAUUUGUAACUCUAGUACUUUACUGACAUUGUCCAGAUCUUGUGAAAAAUGCUAAUGACGCUUUGUAGUAUUCAUAGCCCUUUGAAGAGUGAAUAUUACGUUAUUUACCAUAAGCCUCUUUUUUUUUUUUUCUUCUUUCCCUUUCUGUCCCUUCUCUCCCUCUCUCCUACCCUUUACACAUUCCUAUCCUUGCACAUUCCUCUUUUUCAGGUGGAGCAAUGGCAAGACUAAAAAGCCGGCAUCACCUCAGGGUGAAAAGAACUCGUAAGCAUAGGACCUACAGGUUUCCCAAUGGGACCAUAAUAGUUUGUCUACCCCCUUCUGUCUCCUCCCCUUCCUAUGAGGCCACACCUCAAAAGCCUGCUCCAGUUCCCUGAAUUAAGCCUGAAUACCUUCCAUCCCAUCCCCCCACAGGCGCUGUACAAUCCUAUGGGUUUAGCACUUCCCCACGAUUAUAAUAAUACAUGGGAAUCUUUCACGAAGCUCGGGGAGCUAUAUGACCCUUGUGGGUUUAGUACUUAGUUUUUAUUGGAAUAAUAAAGCUCAGGAAAAACCCACUGUAUACUAGCAAACAGCAACACGGGAAUCCUCCUCAUAACUAGUAUGACUGCCACACAUUACCGGGUAUCCAGAGGCCCACAACAUCCUAAGUCACUCCACCUACCUUUCCUCUGAUCAACAGCCAGUAAUCCUGCCUGCACAACCAUCCUAAGUCACUAUCGCUCCUUUCUUGCCUUCAUCUCUUCCUCCCUCUCUUAUUUCCCCUAACCUCUCUCCCACUAUAUAUAUUGUCCUCUCUUCCCUCCUACCCAUCUCAUCUCUCCCUUUUGUUCCCUUCCUCUUGUCUCUGCCUCUGUUUUCUUCCCUGCCCUACCCUUACAAUUUCUCGCCUGUCUCUUCAUAUGUCCUCUCCUGUCUUCUCUGUUCCCAUACCAGCAAUCUCUCUCGCCUAUCUACUCAUAUUGCCCUGUCUCUCCCUUUCUGUUCUGUCUCACCCAUCCUCUUUCUUGCCUGUCUUCCCAUGUCCCCCCCUCUUUUCUUGCCUAUUUUCCCUUUUCUACAUUAUUCUUUCUCCUCUCUCUUGCCUACUUUCCUCUAUCCCACCUAUUCCUCUCUUCUUUCUCUUUGUUGUUGUCUAUCCCCUUCCCUAUCUGUUCUCUCCUUUGUCUCCCUUAUCUAUUCUCUCCCCUCUCUAACUCCCCUUUGUCUUCCUUCCCUAUUUCCUCUCUUGUCCCCCUCUAUUCUGUGUCCCUCGUAUCUAUACUCUUCCUCUCUCCCCAUCUUCUCCUUUGUCCCCCUCUCCUACAUGUUCACCAUUUUUCUCUCUUAUCUAAUCUCUCUCCCUUAUCUGUUCUCUCCUUUAUUUACUGUCUCCCAUCCUCUCCCUUCUCUUCCUCUCCUCCUCAUAACACAAACUCCUAAAUAACUAAAACCUGGGCAACUUGUACAGGUUAAAAUAAAAAUAAAAUUCAUAUAAAUUUUAUACCUGGAGUUUACCUGGAGAGAGUUCCGGGGGUCAACGUCCCCGCGGCCUGGUCUGUGACCAGGCCUCCUGGUGGAUCAGAGCCUGAUCAACCAGGCUGUUACUGCUGGCUGCAUGCAAACCAACGUACGAGCCACAGCCCGGCUGAUCAGGAACCGACUAGGUGCUUGUCCAGUGCCAGCUUGAAGACUGCCAGGGGUCUGUUGGUAAUCCCCCUUAUGUAUGCUGGGAGGCAGUUGAACAGUCUCGGGCCCCUGACACUUAUUGUAUGGUCUCUUAACGUGCUAGUGACACCCCUGCUUUUCAUUGGGGGGAUGUUGCAUCGUCUGCAAAGUCUUUUGCUUUCGUAGUGAGUGAUUUUCGUGUGCAAGUUCGGUACUAGUCCCUCUAGGAUUUUCCAUGUGUAUAUAAUCAUGUAUCUCUCCCGCCUGCGUUCCAGGGAAUACAGGUUCAGGAACCUCAAGCGCUCCCAGUAAUUGAGGUGUUUUAUCUCCGUUAUGCGUGCCGUGAAGGUUCUCUGUACAUUUUCUAGGUCAGCAAUUUCACCUGCCUUGAAAGGUGCUGUUAGUGCAGCAAUAUUCCAGCCUAGAUAGAACAAGUGACCUGAAGAGUGUCAUCAUGGGCUUGGCAUCCCUAGUUUUGAAGGUUCUCAUUAUCCAUCCUGUCAUUUUUCUAGCAGAUGCGAUUGAUACAAUGUUAUGGUCCUUGAAGGUGAGAUCCUCCGACAUGAUCACUCCCAGGUCUUUGACGUUGGUGUUUCGCUCUAUUUUGUGGCCAGAAUUUGUUUUGUACUCUGAUGAAGAUUUAAUUUCCUCGUGUUUACCAUAUCUGAGUAAUUGAAAUUUCUCAUCGUUGAACUUCAUAUUGUUUUCUGCGGCCCACUGAAAGAUUUGGUUGAUGUCCGCCUUGAGCCUUGCAGUGUCUGCAAUGGAAGACACUGUCAUGCAGAUUCAGGUGUCAUCUGCAAAGGAAGACACGGUGCUGUGGCUGACAUCCUUGUCUAUGUCAGAUAUGAGGAUGAGGAACAAGAUGGGAGCGAGUACUGUGCCUUGUGGAACAAAGCUUUUCACCAUAGCUGCCUCAGACUUUACUCUGUUGACUACUACUACUCUGUGUUCUGUUAGUGAGGAAAUUAUAGAUCCAUCGACCGACUUUUCCUGUUAUUCCUUUAGCAUGCAUUUUGUGCGCUAUUACGCCAUGGUCACACUUGUCGAAGGCUUUUGCAAAGUCUGUAUAUAUUACAUCUGCAUUCUUUUUAUCUUCUAGUGCAUCUAGGACCUUGUCAUAGUGAUCCAAUAGUUGAGACAGACAGGAGCGACCUGUUCUGAACCCAUGUUGCCCUGGGUUGUGUAACUGAUGGGUUUCUAGAUGGGUGGUGAUCUUGCUUCUUAGGAUCCUUUCAAAGAUUUUUAUGAUAUGGGAUGUUAGUGCUAUCGGUCUGUAGUUCUUUGCUGUUGCUUUACUGCCCCCUGUGUGGAGUGGGGCUAUGUCUGUUGUUUUUAGUAACUGUAUGACGACCCAUGUGUCCAUGCUCCCUCUCCAUAGGAUGGCAAAGGCUCGUGAUAGGGGCUUCUUGCAGUUCUUGAUGAACACGGAGUUCCAUGAGUCUGGCAAUGGGGCAGAGUGCAUGGGCAUGUCAUUUAUUGCCUGUUCAAAGUCAUUUGGCAUCAGGAUAACAUCAGAUAGGCUUGUGUUAACCAAAUUCUGUGGCUCUCUCAUAAAAAAUUCAUUUUGAUCUUCGACUCUGGUUAGCGGCUUGCUAAAAACUGAGUCAUAUUGGGACUUGAGUAGCUCACUCAUUUCCUUGCUGUCAUCUGUGUAGGACCCAUCUUGUUUAAGUAAGGGCCCAAUACUGGACGUUGUUCUCGACUUUGAUUUGGCAUAGGAGAAGAAAUACUUUGGGUUUCUUUCGAUUUCAUUUAUGGCUUUUAGUUCUUCCCAUGAUUCCUGACUCCUAUAAGAUUCGUUUAGCUUAAGUUCGAUGUUUGCUAUUUCUCUGACCAGUGUCUCCCUACGCAUUUCAGAUAUAUUGACCUCUUUUAGCCACUCUGUUAUUCUUUUCCAUCGCCUGUAAAGGGAGCGCCUGUCUUUCUAUUUUACAUCUACUCCUCCUUUUUCUUAGAGGAAUAAGCCUUGUGCAUACUUC